UGUCUGCGGCAGCUUGACGCCGCUGGCCGCCGGACGGGAGCGCCGCUUCGCCCGCUGCUCUGCUCGGAUCCGCCGCCGGAACCAGCCCGAUGUUGUUCAGUCCGACGGGUUUACCGGAGUGCCUACAGGAGUGGGAUGACCUGGAGAAAGACUACCAGCAGAUCCAGGACACUCACCGCCUGUACAGGCAGAAGCUGGACGAGGUGACCAGGCUGCAGAACAGCUGCUCCUCCUCCAUCGCUCGCCAGAGGAAGAAGCUGAGGGAGCUCGCCGCCUCGCUGGAAGAAUGCAAAGAAAAGCACCAGACAGGAAAGCUGAGUCCAGAGGACGUGAGCGCCAUCGAGGAAAUCCAGGACCUGAUCAAGGACAGGCCAGAUGUUUUCUCUGAGAUGGAGGCCUUCCUGCCCAAGAAGAACGGGUUGUACCUCACUCUGGUUUUAGGAAACGUCAACGUCACGCUCCUCAACAAGCAGGCCAAAUUCGCCUACAAGGACGAAUACGAGAAAUUUAAAUUAGUCCUCACCGUCAUCCUCUUCCUGUUCUCCUUCACCUGUCGCUUUUUGUUCAGCUACAGAGCGCUGGACGCCCUCUUCAACUUCCUGCUGGUGUGGUAUUACUGCACGCUCACCAUCCGGGAGAGCAUCCUCAUCAGCAACGGCUCACGGAUCAAAGGCUGGUGGGUCUUCCAUCACUACGUGUCCACCUUCCUGUCGGGGGUCAUGCUCACCUGGCCUGAAGGGACUCUGUACCAGAUGUUCAGGAGCCAGUUCCUCACUUACUGUCUGUACCAAAUAGGCUUCGUCCAGUUCCUGCAGUAUUACUACCAGAGCGGCUGUCUGUACCGGCUCCGGGCUCUGGGAGAGAGACACAACAUGGACCUGACAGUCGAGGGCUUCCAGUCGUGGAUGUGGAGAGGCCUGACCUUCCUCCUGCCUUUCCUGUUCUUCGGCCACUUCUGGCAGCUUUACAACGGCAUGACGCUCUUCAGAAUGGCUCAGCUCCCGGAAUGUAAAGAGUGGCAGGUGGUGAUGUGUGGCUGCUCCUACCUGGUGCUCUUCAUGGGGAACUUCCUCACCACGCUGGGAGUGGUUUACCAGAAGUACACGGACAACCGGGACAAAUCCAAGCACUUGUAGGACCGGGACGGGCCGACUGAGCGGGAGAUGUUACCAAAAAUCCAUCCCGUGUGGAAUGGAAAACGUGCAGAAUCACCACUCCAAACCAAACGCUCUCUUUGGAGCCGUUUGUUUUUUUUAUGAAUGCUGUCCUUGGGGGUCAUUUGCAUUUCUACGAUUGCUGUUAUUUUAAAUGUCCUCUUGAUUUCAAAUUUUGAUAUUGUGCUCCUUAAGGAUGAUCAAAGCAAAACGCCAAGGGAUCAUCACUCCAACUCAUGAGACCGGCCAGGAAAGUGCUGAGUCAUGUCUGUGAGACUGAGGAGGGUCAGGAAGGCUUCCCAGAGGCGAUCACAGUCACUCGUCUGUUACAGCUGCAACCAAAACAAGGAUGCAUGGGGUUACUAACAAUGAGGGUUUACUCAGAUUCAUUCAGGAUUUGGGGUUUGUGUUUCCUAUCUCUCUUUGUAUGCGUUAAAUAUAUUUGGUCUUGGAAAAAAAAAAGUGCUGAAUAAACCACUCCUCCAAAUCCUCA